AUGUCUUUAUCAGCACCUAGGCGGAUGCAAGAUACUAAUGAGAAUGACACCGAAAUGAUGCCUAUAUUCGAUUUAGAUCAUCUCAUUGACACUCUAGACGCACGGAACUCGCUUUCCUCUUGCAACAUAAGUACUGACGACGACGAUACCGAAAGUCUUGAAAGUUGUGAUAGCAUUACUUUUCAACCCUCUAAUCACCUAGAGAUGCAAGGAAAUUCCUAUUACGAUCGUGCAGAGAACGAAACAGAAUCUUCGCAGACAUACUACAUUCUUCCAAGGAUUCAUGAUGUAGAAGCACAACAAAGACUGGUCUCUUCUAGUGACCAAGAAAACGAUGAUCUUGAAAAGGAAAUGAAGCCUGCAAAGAAUUCAGGUCGAAAAUGGGGUUGUAUCAUAUUUCUAGCUGUCUUGCUUAUCGGUUGGGCAAUAUGGACCCUAAGCUUAAGUAGAUUAAGUCCAGAUGCUGCCGUGGAAUCAAAUGCUGCUGCGCCUAAAUACGUUGAUUUCGAGGAUAUCUUUAAGGAAGACUUUAUACCUAUACGAUCUCAGCUUGAAUGGGUCAAGAAUGGUCCACAGGAUGGCGUUUAUACGUACAGAGACCCUAGAACGAAUGACAUAUUACUAGAAUCAGUCGAAAAGAGAGGGAGUCGCAUAUUCGUGAAAGCCAAGGAUCUUAUUUUUGAUGGGUUUCCAUUGGAAGUGAGCUCAUUUGAAGUAUCGCAGGACUCACAAUAUGUUAUGCUAAUUACAGACAAAGUUGAGCAAUGGAGAUAUUCUUACCGUGCCAAUAUCUUCAUAUAUUCUAUCACAGAUAAGACCAUAUCUCCCUUGACUCCAUACUCUACAGUAGCAUACAUUCCACAAAUAUCAUAUGCAGUGUGGAGUCCCACAGGGCAUAAUUUGGCAUACGUGAUGGAAAACGACAUUUACACAACUGAUCUAAAGAGACAUCGUCGUAUCACAUUUGAUGGCUCUUCUACAGUAUUUAACGGGAUACCGGACUGGGUCUAUGAAGAGGAGAUAUUUGCAACAAAUUUUGCCCUUUGGUGGUCUCCAGAUUCAACCCAUUUAGCCUUCUUAAGGUUCAAUGAAACAGAUGUACCAGAAUAUACCAUGCAGAUGUACACUGCAUCAGCUAAAAGUUACCCUGACGAAGUGAAAAUAAGAUAUCCUAAAGCUGGUGCUCCAAAUCCAGUUGCAUCUUUGCAUGUUCACAGUUUGGUCAGUAGGACAUCUGUUAUGAUCACAAAGAGAUAUGCACAGAAUGCCACAAUACAAUCAAGUAGCUUAUACAAAGAGUUUGAGGAUCACGAUCGCCUGAUUACAGACAUUGCAUGGGCAACCGAUUCAAAUACAUCACUUUUGUUUAAACAGACGAACAGAGUCCAAGACCAUGAGAUAACAAGCCUUAUUUCUAUUGCACCUUCUCUAAAUGAGUCUAGGGUUGACCUCAUUCGUGAAUAUAUUCCUGAUGAUAAGGGAUGGGUUGACUCUGGCCGAAACAUGGUGUAUCUAGAAACAAAAUCGAAUGGAACAAUCAUUCAAUAUCUUGAUAUUGCAGAUGAUGGAAAUGGAUUUAUGCAUCUUGCUUUGUUUACAGCAAGUAUAAACAAGGAGCUGAGUGACCCUGUAUGGCUCACAUUUGGAGAGUGGGAAGUAAUCGACGGAACCGUUGUUGUUGACAAGAAGAACCAUUUAGUUCAUUUCAUGUCUACCGAAAGGUCUCAUCUUGAGAGACAUCUAUACACUUUAUCUUUGAACAGUAAAAAACCAGCAGCAACCAAAAAAUGUAUCACUUGUCCAAAUGAUCCUAAAGAACAUGCUUACUACGAUGCGAAGUUUUCUCCAAUGGCUGGUUAUUUUCUCCUGAAUUACCUCGGGCCACACAUUCCUAGUGCAGUAGUCAAAAAGGUUGGAAACGCCUCUUUCGAAAAUCCAAUUCAAGACAACCACCAGUUAAAGCAAUUGCUUAAAAAAUAUGAGCUUCCAAGAAAGCGUAUGGUGCGCGUGAAAAGCGGCGGUGUUGAAAUGACGGCUAUGGAGCUACUCCCCCCAGAUUUUGAUAUCACUCAACGUUAUCCUGUUAUAUUCAAUGUAUAUGGCGGACCAGGAUCUCAACUUGCUUCUUACCAGUUUGAGUUAAAUUGGCACAGUUUCCUUGCCAGUCAGCUCAAAUACAUUGUAGUGACAGUCGAUGGACGUGGUACUGGUUUCAAGGGUAGAAAGUACAAGGUUGGAGUACGCGGAAGACUUGGUGAAUUAGAAACAAUCGACCAAAUAAAUGCCGCAAAGCAUUGGAGUAACCUUGAUUAUGUAGAUAAAUCAAGAAUCGCUAUUUGGGGCUGGUCUUUUGGUGGCUUCUUGACUUCAAAAGUUGUCGAGGCUAAUAGUGGAAUAUUCAGUGCUGCUAUGGCCGUGGCACCUGUAACAGACUGGCGAUUUUAUGAUUCGCUGUAUACGGAGCGUUACAUGAAAACACCCGAAAUGAACCCAAAGGGGUAUAUUAAAAGUGCAGUAAACAACAUGACAGGGUUCUCCAAUACAGAGUUUUUGCUUGUACAUGGUACAGGCGAUGAUAAUGUUCAUUUCCAAAAUUCAGCUGUCUUGAUCGACAAGCUAACCAAGGCUGACAUUCACAACUAUAGAGUCCAGUUUUUUACUGACAGCAAUCAUGCAAUCCAAUACCAUAACGCAAAUAAGAAUCUAUACUAUUUAUUGACCGAGUUUCUUUGGAAAAGUUUUGGAGGAAAAGAGUAUAUUCAUUUGCGACAAGAAUCCCAUGGGCGUUUCUUUGGACCUCUAGUCGAGGAUCAUUAAUUCUGCCAUUAAUUACCAUUCCACCAAAAGCAUGAUCCAAGCAACCCAUUUUUUAAACGGUUUUUCACACUUGAAAUAAUCUAAUUUUUAUGGC